AUGUCGUCUUGUGUAGUUAGAGGAAUAUCACGAGCUGGUGCGACCCCCUCAUCCAAGAGAGCAACUGUCACAAGUGUUUCUCGCGCUUACUCGGAGGUUGCAAAGAAUGAAGAGGCUGCGAAAGCUGAGGCCGCUGUUGCUGAGGAAAAACUCAUGGCCAAGCUGCGCCAACAACAUUACGCCGACGCCGAACGCAACAUUUUACCGUACCACGCAUCGGAUGCUUGCUUUCCAGACAUCGACGAGUCCCCAAUGCCGUUUCCUGAGGAAGCAGCAAUCAUGUCCGGGACGGGCCAGUGGUCUGUAGGUCGCAAGGCCAAGCUAUUCAUGCCGGCUCGUAACCAAAUGCAAAGCGGUAUGCAGCAGACUAAGCACUGGGAGGUUCGCUUCCAAAGUCCUCGUACUUGGGCAAACCCAUUGAUGGGCUGGACCAGUACGGCUGAUCCGUACGUGGGUUUGAUGGCUAAAUUUGAUACUAAAGAAGCUGCUGAGCAUUUUGCCGAGAAACAAGGUUGGGAGUUAGAAGUCGCCGAUCCUGCGCCAGGUGGUGAUCACGAUGGAAAGAUUUCGUAUUCACACAACUUUCUACCAAAGCAUAUCGAGACGCUCAUUAAACAAAAGGGCAAAAAAUCGUCCUUUCAAUUUAAGCAUCCUUCUGGCCUCCGCAGUAACUGGGUCAAAACACUUAAAUACCACGGAGAUGGUGUGGUAGGACAGCACGGCGGCGAAGCUAAGGAGUAA